AAUGCAUAUCUCUAGUAACCAAGAGUGCUAGUUAUCUAUCUAGUAACCAAACACCGCCGGCGCCGCCAUGAUCCACCACCGCUUCCUCCUCAUAACGUACCCAGGACAAGGCCAUUUAAACCCUGCCCUUGAAUUUGCAAAGCGACUCAUCGCUAUGGGUGCAGCACACGUCACUCUUGGUAUCACUGUGCACAUGUACCGUCGCAUGACUAAGAAAGUUAACAUCCCUGGCCUCUCCCUCGUCCCCUUCUCCGACGGCUACGACGACGGUUUCAAUGCCAUCGCCGGCGCUGAUGCCGAUUACAAGCUCUACACGUCAGAGCUCAAGCGCCGGGACUCCGAGUUUGUGACCAAUCUCAUAGUCUCAAGCGCGCAGGAGGGUCACCCUUUCACUUGUUUAACCUACACCUUGAUCGUUCCAUGGGCGCAAGAGGUGGCGCGUGGGUUCAAUCUCCCAACAGCGUUGCUGUGGAUUGAACCAGCCACGGUGUUGGGAAUCCUCUAUUAUUACUUUCACGGCUACGGUGAUUACAUCAAUGAGAAAUUUACCAAAGAGCCCUUAUGUAGUUCCAUCGCACUACCAGGGUUUCCAUUUUUACUGUCACCACGUGACAUACCAUCUUUUUUACUGGUCUCGAAUCCGAGUGUGUUGUCUUUCGUUUUUCCGUUGUUUGAGGAACAGAUUAAAGUCCUUGACAUGGAAAAUAAUCCGAUAGUACUUGUGAAUAGCUUUGAAGCAUUGGAACCAGAGGCUUUCAGAGCCGUUGAUAAGUUAAACAUGAUCCCGAUCGGGCCGUUGAUUCCGUCUGCUUAUUUGGAUGGGAAAGACUCAACUGAUACUUCAUUUGGUGGUGACUUCUUUCAAGACUCAAAUGAUUACAUUCAAUGGUUGGAUUCAAAGCCUGGGUUAUCUGUGGUUUAUGUUUCAUUUGGGAGCUAUUUUGUGCUGUCUAAGAGACAAAUGGAGGAAAUUGCACGUGCGUUAUUAGAUUGUGGAUGUCCAUUUUUGUGGGUCAUUAGAGAAAAAGAAGAGGAGGAGCUAGGAUGCAGAGAGGAGUUGGAAGAGAAGGGGAAGAUAGUGAAAUGGUGUUCUCAACUGGAGGUUCUGUCACAUCCUUCGUUGGGUUGUUUUGUGACACAUUGUGGUUGGAAUUCGACCAUGGAAAGCUUGGUUUCUGGGGUUCCUGUGGUGGCAUUUCCUCAGUGGUCAGAUCAAAAGACAAACGCAAAGAUGAUAGAAGAUGUGUGGAAGACAGGGAUGAGAGUGGAUCAUGAGGUGAAUGGGGACGUGGUAGUACAGGCAGAGGAAAUUAGGACAUGUUUGGAAGUUGUGAUGGGGAGUGGAGAAAAAGGAAAUGAAUUAAGAAAUAAUGCAAAGAAAUGGAAGAGUUUGGCUAAGGAGGCAGCUAAGGAAGGUGGUCCUUCCGAAAAGAAUCUAAGGACUUUUUUGGAUUAUGUUGCAGAAGGCUUCCGUGUGGCUAACAACUCAUGAGUUGGACUCUUGUGGUCUCAAUUUCUCUGUCCAAUGCAGUGUUUUCUUUUCUUCUUAUCUAUUCGCUGCACAAAACACGAUAAGGUGGUCGAAAGGGUUUGGUUGUAAUGGGUGUUCUGCUUUUCUUUUGUCCUUUAUAAGUUCUGCAUCCAUUAUUGUUUCAUGGUGGAAAAUUAUUGUUUCGUUACUGCACACCAAAUGUUUUAUUUAUGAUAAAUAACAAUCAUAUGUUACAUGAACAAGAUUCUUGUCAUUUAAAGCUACGGACAAAACAAAAUAGUUGA